UUCAUUUUUGUUUAUAAAGCUAUAAACUUUACAAACCAAGAUCCAGAACCCAACUCAGAAAAAGCCUCAGGAAGUGAUAGAAAGAUAAAGAUAAGGCAAAGAUGUGCUGUGGGACUAGGAUAUGUAUGCUGUGUACGUGUCUCAUACUUGUGGUGAUAGUUAUUGGGAUGCUGUUCGGGUUUGGAGUGUUCAAGAAUGGCUUCCACAAGUUGAAGGACACUGUGACUCUCUGUGAUCCUAAUGUCAAUGGAAGUCUGUGUGGAACUAAAAGGCCCUUCUUGGGUUACACAGCUCCUCCACCUUUCUGAUUCUGUGAUGUAAUGUUUUUUUUUUUUUUUACCAUUUACUAGGAUUCUUUUUUUGUGUUUUCUCUUCAAAUUCUCAUCUGGGAAUUUGGAUUUUUAGGAAUUACAGGAUUGUUUCUUUGGAUUUGUGUCGGUUUCAUAAUGCCUAUAUCUUUCUUUAAUACCUCCUUAAUUCUAUUGUAUGUACAGGAUUUGUUAAGCCUUGAAUCAUGAUCUGUGUGUUAUGGAUUCAUUGUGUUUUUCUUUUUGAAA